CAUUCGGCGACACUCCGCGACCCAGCAGCACCACGCACUUCGGCGCCGGGCGGCACCAGGGCAGCACGGCCGAGGGGACACCAGGAGGGACAGAUAGAUAGGCAGAGCAAGCAUAUACAGAGCGGCGAUCGGAGUGUUUGGCUUGCAGCAAGCCGUCCCCCGGACAAUAGGCCGACGGUGCUCUCAGUCCGAGAGCGGCGCGGGACGCAGGCGGUCACUCGGUCAUUUGGGGAACCGGCGGCGCGGACCUCUUUAGCGGAUCGGCCGAGGCAGCGCUCAGGGCGUGCUGCAGGAUGGUGACGCUGUUCGCACUCGUGGUGCUGGUGACGCUGUGGCUGGCGCGGUACGCGGCCGGCAGGGUGAAGGUGACCAGCCUGCUGGCGGCCGUGCCGGGGCCCAGCUACCCGCUGCCCCUCAUCGGCCACCUCAUCUACAUGUUCGGCCCCAUGGACGGCAUCCUGGACCGCGGCAUCCGGCUGUACCGGACCUACGGCCCGGGCCCCAUCAAGUUCUGGAUCGGGGAGUGGCCCUCGGUGCAGAUAAUGCGGCCCGAGGACAUCGAGCCGGUGCUCAACUCGCAGAAGGAGGUGGAGAAGCCCGACCUGAUCUACAAGCCGGUGCGGGCUUUCUUCGGUGACGGCCUCAUCACUCUCAACGGCGACGCGUGGUUCAAGCACCGCCGCGCGCUCACCCCCGCCUUCCACUUCAGCGUCCUGGAGCGCUACGCCGGCAUCUUCACGCGGCGCGCCGCGGCCUUCGCGGACCUGCUGCUGGCCGAGGUGCCCGCCGACAAGACGGUCAACAUCAUGAAGUUCCACUCGGCCUUCGUGACGGAGACCAUCAUGGAGACGGCGUUCGGGAUGCCGCCGGCGUCCCGGGCCUCCAGCGUCCAGAACAAGGAGAUGUCCGACCUGGUGCGCGCCACGGAGGACGCGUUCGGCGUCAUCGUGCACCGCAUCUUCCACCCCUGGCUGCUCAUCGACGCCCUGUUCAAGCUGAGCCACUCGGGGCGCGUCAACCAGCGCGCCGAGGCCAUCAUCACCCGGCACGCCAAGGCCGUCAUCGCGCAGAAGAAGCUCGAGCUGCAGCAGCGCCGCGCCGCCGGCGACGACGACGACGCACCCGACGCGGACGAGGACGCCGGCGUGCGCAAGAAGUACACCUUCCUGGACAUGGCGCUGGGCGGCAAGUCCGACGUGCUGUCGGACGCCGAGAUCCUGGAGGAGGUCCGCACCCUGAUCGCCGUGCAGCAGACGUCCGCGUCGACGCUCAGCUUCAUCAUGGUCAUGCUGGCCCUGAACCCCGAGGUGCAGCAGCGCGCGCGCGCCGAGGUGCGCGAGGUGGACGCCAUCGAGGGCCUGCACCCGCUGGACCGCCUCAAGCGCCUCAAGUACGUGGAGCGCGUCAUCAAGGAGACCAUGCGCCUGUACCCCAUCACGGCCAUCUUCUCCAGGAAGCUCAAGGACGAGGUGCACCUGCCGGGGCACACGCUGCCGGCCGGCGUGCUGGCCACCAUGUUCAUCUACAUGACGCACCGCGACGACCGCCACUGGCCCGACCCGGAGCGCUUCGACCCCGACCGCUUCCUGCCCGACAACUGCGUGGGCCGGCACCCCUACGCCUACGUGCCCUUCAGCGCGGGCCCGCGCAACUGCAUCGGCCAGCGCUACGCCAUGCUGCAGAUGAAGGCCGUGGUGGCGGCCGUGGUCGCCAAGUGCGUCGUGCUGCCCGGACGGGGGCUGGAGUCGCGUGACAAGAUCCGCCUCAACAUGGACACCUUCCUCUACAUCAAGGGCGGCUUCAACGUGCGCCUCAAGCCCGUCGGCGGCGGCCUCUUCGAGUAGCGCCGUCACGCUUUCGUCCCCACGCGGGUCCACGACACUUGAUGCGGACAAAGUAUUCCACGAGCCGAGAGGCGCUAGACUCUUCUUAGUGCUACCCGGGGCCAUGACCCUGAGACGCUUUUGAAUAAAGAUAAGCGCGUAUCACAGCGGUCCGCAGUGGACGCACGCAACGAGUGUCCGGUCCCCACGUUUUGGGUUCCGAGGAAUUCAUAUUUACGCCGAACUGUCUCGGCUCUAUCGAGCACGAUAAUCCACUGUGUACACCACACUGCAAAGGGCGGUCACGGUCUGACUUGAGACCGAUUGACCCCAAAAUGGCCCUCGGCCACCGCCAAAAUGGUCGCCACUCGUAAAAUGGAAUGGGUGGCAACAAACUCGGAGGGAGAUAUCAAGACUCUGCGACGUUCUGACUAAAGGUUUAUUGUGAUGGUGGCAAUGGCACAAAGAGUAGUAUGAUGCGGCGCCGGAGAAGAAUACGAAUAUUUUACAAUGCACAUGCUGAUCGCACAUGUCAAUAGCUUAUCACUUUAUCAGUCACAUACAGUGAAAGUUUAAUGCGUUUUCAUAAUCUGUAAAUGACUGUAUGUACAUUCUUAGAAAUACAAAAUCACAAGAA